AUGCUUCCUAAAAUCAAUCCCGGCCUGCAAUCUCCUUCAGUAGACUCCAAUGGCGCCGAUCUGGCGCAUUUGAGCUCAAUUUCAUUCGUUAUGUCGUUUUUUUCAUCUCUUCAUCUAUGUGAAGUGCAUUUAUUUCCAAAGAUUUGCGAGGCCAGCGGCAAUUACUAUACUGAACUUUCUGAAAAGCAUUUUGCAUCCAAUGAUAUGGGCAACUAUUUGGAGCUAACCCAUUCAUUCCUUUCCAAAGAAACUGGCAUUCUUUCUUCCUUUCUUGAUGUGAAAAUGCAAGAACAAUUAAUGAGCUCCUGUUUGAAUAUUUUCGUGACCCAGCGGUUAAAUUCUUUUUUUGAGCAUGGAUUCCAGCCGCUAAUGGAGGCCAGGGAUUUUGGAUCCUUGGCAUUGUUUUAUAAAUUUUUGUUUGAAACGAAAAACAUUGCUACGCUGAGCUCUCGCUUAUCAUCAUUAAUCAAGAUCCAGAUAGCUUCGCCCUGGAAAAUAAUCCCAGAUCUAAUUAAGGCGAUAAGCCUUGUUGAUGACAUUGUCAAGAGCUGUUUUGAUAAUGAUCCCCAGAUUUCGAAUGCUUUAAAAGGCGCCUUGUCAGCCUCGAUCAAUUCCUCUAAAAAGUUGGUAUCUUUUCUUCUUGUCCGAUAUUUGUCUGCAAUAAUUGAAGCCAAUCACUCCGAAUUUCCCCUCGCUAGCACAGAGUAUGAAAAUGCAGUCCACCAAAUCGACAAAGCGCUCUACAUCUUUCGCCUCAUUCAGGGCAAGCAGGAUUUUGAAAUCUUUUACAAGGCCCAGCUUGCUAGGCGCUUGCUGCUUGGAUUCAUGUUUUUAGAAUCCGAUUGCUCAAAUGUUUCUCCGCUGAACAUCCCAUUGGAAAAGUAUACCAUCUUCAAGCUUAAGGGUGAAUGUGGGCUCUCAUUUACUUUCAAGUUAGAGGGCAUGUUAAGGGACAUUUCUUGCUCUCUCAAAUACAAAAAGAUCAUCAAGAACCGCAUGUCGCCAGCUUCAUCGUCGCCGUUAAAGAUGUCAGACAUCCCAACGUCGCUCUCCAUAUUAACGCCAAAUUUUUGGCCCGCAAUAGGGGAUUCAAAAAUGAAUGCAAGGAUAUUAAGACACCCCGUUUUUGAAAGCGCGAUAGGAGCUUUUUCAAAUGGCUAUAGAGAGGCAAAUAAAGGAAGACAUCUCAAAUUUUCAUUGAAAAAUUCGACCUGUAUUGUUGAAGUGACAUGUCCACAUGGGAAAACAUUUUCCUUACUUUGCUCAGCAUAUCAGGCUAUCGUAUUGGAGGCAUUUUCUUCUGAAAGCCUGUCUUUUUCUAGGCUUGAGAAGAUAUCUGGGCUGACCAAGAACGACUUGACUCUGGUUCUUGAAUCGUUAAUUCAAAAAGAAAUUAUCUUGCAAUCAUCAGACACAUUUUUUAUGGAAGAUGCUUGUUUUUCUGUAAAUCCCAAUGUUAAUCAGGCAGGCCAGGAGUUCGUCAACAUCCUUACGGGAAUUUAUUCGAAAUAUGAUGAAUUUGUUGACCAAAACCCGUUCACCCCAAUGGAUUCUUUGGAGUCUUUUUCGCCUGAAAAUUUGUACCAAAUCGAUGCAGCAAUUGUACGAAUUUUAAAGCAUCAAAAAACACUUCCCCAGUCCUUGCUUUUUAAAGCGGCCCUUGAUUCAAUUAAAUUUCCUGUUGAGGUGAGAUAUAUUAUAUCAUCUAACUUUAGAAUGAACAUCUGCUCGCAAGAAUCGAAGUCCUGUUGA